AUGCAAUUUUGUUGAAGUUCUGGCGGCCAAUUCUCACUCAUUGCCUAAUUCUCCUGCACUGUGUUAACAGUUAUCGACGUGCUCAGGUGUCUUUUUAUCUUUGUCCGCCCAAAUCGCCACUGGUAGAUAGAGGAAUUUCGUGUAUACUAAUGGCGGAGUUAAGCUUGGGCAUACUCAUCGACAUCGUCGACGAGGAAUGGAUGAGAGAUGCGCUGCCGGAUGACGAUCUUCCAUUGCCGCCUGUGCUUGCUUCCAGAACCGAUGACACUGAAGAUUCAAACCAAGAACCUCCCCCAGUUGAGGAUGAUGCGUGGCACGAUCUUGCACUGGGUAACCACCAAUGA